CGACCGCGACAGUAACAAACUCGACACUCGAACGCAUAGCUCCGUGUCGAACAUGCGCAGUGGACUGCUCGAUGAAUUCCGUUACGCACUUUUUCCUCCGUUACGUACAGUCGAUCCGCAAGUGGUCAGUGGCAAAAAGAAAGGCAAAAAGCAACGCUUCGCACUCGAGGAAGCGGGAGAAGCAGAGUUUUAAACAUCGCGGCGAGACCCUCCCCACUUCUUUCGAGGGACGCUCAACAAUAGAGAAAACGAACGCGUCGAUCCGAUCGAGCUCGUAGUGUUACGUGCGUACGCGGUGUUGAAUGAGUGACGUAACCUAAGUACAAAUAUCGGCUAUCAACGAAUACUACGUACGCAGGUUCGGGGGAACCGAAGCAUAAUCACUGCUGUGUGUCAGAUCGCACGCCCGAAACGAGAUAGCUACGCACACACGCACUUUUACUUUCCUUUCUCUUUCUUCUGUUCUUACGUUUCCUUGUGCGCUGGUUCGCGAAACUUGCCGAGAAAGAGAUACACAGCCACUGCACGCUGUGGCAUCAUCGUGCUGUUCAUUAACAUCUCGGCUGAAUAAACUAUUCGAAUCGUCGACCACCGCAGUGCACUUCGUGCCAUUGCUGACGGAAGUGUUCGCCGGUGUGUAACAUUGGUUUUUUCAUCAAGAAUGGCGGAAGAUUGCCCUGACGGCGAUUAUCUCGGAGCUUAUAGCCGUUUUUUCUCCGAAUUCGUCGCAAGAGUUAACCCGUACGAUCAGCUGCCCGUCUCGGUCAGUUCGUGCAAUGUGACCAAGUCUGAGAUCGUCGGUGAAAUCAUCAACGUGACUCUACAGUACCUCAAUCAAACACAAUGUCCGCCAAGUUUACAAGCGCACUUGGUUCACCAAGUGAUACAAGAAAUCAAAUCCAUGUGCAAGAAGCAACCAGAGGACUGUGGAUUCAGAGCACAAGAAAAAGUGUACACAUCGUUGAAAUUAAUGCAAGCGAUUACUAGUAAAGUAAAUGAAAUAUGUACUCGCUAUUUGGACAAUAGUAGACUGGCGUUAUUACCGCCUCCUUUCUCGACACCGUCACCAGAAGUUGCGGCUGGUGGUAGCAAGAAUUGUAGACGAAAAAUGGAAGAUCGCUACGUGGUCGUACACGAUUUACAUACUAUAUUUGGUAUAGAGGAUCACUCUAUAGCGAAUUACUAUGCAGUGUUUGACGGACACGCGGGACAAGACGCGGCCGUCUAUUGUGCUACUCAUCUGCACCAGUAUCUAGCAGAAAGCACAUAUUAUCCUACUGAUCCGGAGCGUGCCUUACACGAUGCUUUCCUCACUACCGAUGCACACUUCAUAGAAAAGUCGAAAACGCAAAAAAUAUGCGGUGGAACGACUGCAGUUUGCACUUUAAUACUAAAUAAGAAGUUAUACGUUGCGUGGGUCGGAGACUCUACAGCUACGUUGAUAAAACGCGACAGCAUCGUUCAGCUAGUGAAUCCCCAUCGACUGCAUCGCGAAGACGAGGUGCAAAGAAUACGAAAAACUGGGGGAGUAGUGAUGCAAAGUAUGGGAAUCAUGCGAGUUAAUGGGUUCUUAAGUGUUUCAAGAGCAAUAGGUGAUGUUCGGUACAAGCCGUUCGUCACAGGAGAACCUGAAAUUCGAACCGUGCUCUUAGAUGGGACGGAGGAUUUCCUCGUUCUCGCCACUGAUGGACUGACAGACCACUUACAGCCUAGAGAAAUAUUGACCGUCCUCUAUCACGAGAUACAACGAAAUCCGAACGGGUAUAAACGCGCGCACCAAAUCCUGCUGCAGUGGGCGAAGCACGCGGGUUCGAAGGACAACAUCACCGUGGUCGUGGUCCUGUUAACCCCAGCGAGCGUGAUCGCAGCCAGGCCCCUGUACGUCCAUCCGUACCGCAGUCCACAAGUGAAUGAGAUACUCGAGAAAAUGAACUCGAAGGACAAACCGUUGUUCCUAGACAUCGACGACGCGCAUAACGCGAUCAACUCGAACAUCCUGAAGCAGACGAUGAUCGGGCAGGAACCGCGUGACGACGACGGUAUCCUCGCCGCUAGUAACGGGAAACACGAGAACGGUGACGCGGAUUACGAUUACUCCGAUCUCGGCCCCGAGACCGAUGUAGACGCUAUCGACGACGUGCCGCCCGUGAUGCCUGUCAAGAAUCUCUCAUACGAAUUUUACAAAGACAAUGACGAUGACGGAUCUAACAGAGACUCGAACCUGCUCGACAAUAUGAACGUAGACGAAUCGGCGAAUACUAACUUCAACGCGAACGCUAAUACCGUUCACGGAGCGAUGAUUGAUAAUAAUUUGCGCGAAGAUGAUGACGAGGACGAGGACGACGACGAGGACGAAGACGAAGACGAAGACGAUGACGUGCGCGAACGGAAGGACAAUGACAUCCGCGGAGACGUAUGCGAUGAAAUCGCGUUGUCGAGAACCAUACGCGACGGGAUUGUCGAGAAUAUUCACGGAAUAAUUCACGAGGAAAUGGACAACAGAGUUCGCGAACAGCUCAACGACGAGGAAGCGAGGAACGACGAGGUACGCGUGGACGAUCUGCAGGACGUCGUCGACAAAGCCGGGCCUGUGGACUACGACGACUCUCCGCCCUCGCUGCAGGCUAACAAACCUCUUCAGCAUGCGCUGAUUAAUGAAGCGGAUAAUGUAGCGGACAGCGAGGAUUCCGAGGACGAGUGGAAUUACUAUCCUAACAAAGAAAAGGACGCGACAACGCCCGUCAACGAGAGCCUGGAGACGAGAAACGAGGAAGCGAACGAAGUUUCAGGCCGACCGAUCGAAGAAGACAACAACGAGUUGAAAAUCCAGUCUGAAGGUGUACAGGAGGAUAUUAAAUGCGAAGAUUCGAAAGAGGAACCGCUUGAGCUUAUUAACACAGAGAUUAGCACCGUGGAGAGAACAUCGGUACCGGAGGACAAAGAGCGAGCUCGCUUAGAAGAGCAAGAAAACCUGAAGGACAUGGAUUUUCAAUUAAACCCGAACGCUGCCGAAUUUAUUCCAGUUUCGCCACAAUUCGCCGAGCCAAGAAUGAGUCUUAUCGAGGACUACCCCGUUUCCGGUUCACCUUUCAAACAGGUCCCGCAAAUGGACGAUAUUCAAGUACCCAGUCAAAGCGAGUUCGAGAAAGAGGUGUGCCAGAGACCGAGGGAAGUCGAAAGCGACGAGAAGGAAUAUCAGAACGGCGACAAUCUGCAACGUACCGCCGACUGUGCGGACUUCAUGUCCGAGCGACAGAAAGUCACCCAAAGUAAUUUGGACGAUUCGGAAAUUUCAUCCACGAAAGCCGAAUUCGGAGAUGAAUCGACGGCCAGCUUCUUAACCGCCAGCGAAUUCCACAGAACAGGUGUCACAGUGGACGAAUCGUUCUCUAGCUCCGAACGCGAUUACGACAUCGCCAAAGAUCCGAUGGCUAUGUCGUUCACGCCUAGCGACUUCGAAGCGGCGUUCGACAAGGGUGUCGAUCUGAAUGCCGUGCACAAUUUAAGCAACACCGAUCUGGACGAGAAUAACGGCACGGAGAAAGACGACGAAGAUCUCAUUAGAAAAUGUGCAGAUUUCCAAACUGAUUCCACCGAAACAACGCGCGAUGUUGUUAUUAAGGAGACAGUAUCUGAGGUCCCUGAAGAAGCCGCGGUCCUCGUGAACCUAUCCUCGCAUCAAGAGGACAGCGAAGAGACAUUCAUCGAGCCCGCGGACGGAACGUCGGAAGAGAAGACCGUUGAUUUACUGAACUUACAAUCAGAAUCUUCCCAAGAGCAGCAGGAGAUUGCGAGAUACGAUCACUCCCCAUUGACCGAGAAUUACUCCGGAGAAUUCGAGUCUGAAAAGGAGCCUGUGUCUAUCGAUAAUGAGCAGCCUUUGUCGCCUUCCAGCGUCGAUAUAGACGAGACGAAACCUAUAGGCGAGGCCAGCGAAGACGCCGUUCUUCCUGAAAGCGAUCUCCAGAAAGAAGCUUGCACAAACGAUACGCCUUCAUCGUUGUCGCCAGUUCCGUCACCGAUGGAAGACGACGUAGUAGCCCCUACGAACGCCUCGGACGAUCUAUUCGCGUUGCACGCAGAUGCUCCAGAGUUUGUGCCUGGACACUACGGUUCCCAAACACUCGAAAGCAACGAAGCUUGUCUAUUAUCUCCCAUGGAAGCUGCGGGCGUCUGUGAAAUUUCACCCGAUGAACCAGUUGAAAGCGCAUUCGAGCCGAUUAAAGAAAAUUUGGCUGCGACCUUAGAGCGCGACGAAAAGGAAAUCGAUGAGGUGUGCGUGAAACCAGCAGUACAAGAAAAUUUGUUGAACUUUGUCGAAGAAGAGAACGCUUGCGCGAAGCCAUCUCAAUUCCUUGAAGAACUGACGCCGCCGGCAUCGCCACAAGAAAUUAAACGAAACAUCAUCGACGAUGUCAUUUGCCCUUUCGAAUCGUCUGCCAAUAGGGAGCACGAAGACAAGCUUGAAUCGACAGAGACACCUGAAGAAACAAAUUUGAUCGAAUGUAAGAAGGAAAUCGCAGAGGCGAUGGAGGAGCCAGAGCAAUCGACGGAACACGUGAAACCGUUCGAAACGAUGGAAUCGAUAAAAGAACUUACUAUGAACUUGUCCGACUCUAUGCAAGAAUUCACAGGCUUAGAAAAACAGUUGCAACCGAAAGAAGACGAGAUUCUUGCAUCCAACGUUGUUGAAGAUGUAAAGCAAGAAGAAGUGAAAGAAGACGUGCAACCAGAAAAACUCGUGAACUUCGUAGUCGAGGAACAAUGCAAGAUACAAGAGGAGAUAAAAGUCGAGAGUCUUCCUUCAGAAACGAAAGAAGUUGAACAAUUAGAAACGAAGGAACCGGAAGUGAACGUACCAGAAAUUAAGCCAGAAGCUAAGGAACCGGAAGUCGAAGAACCAAAAGAGAAGGCCGAAAUUAAAGAAAACAAAGUGACUGAAGUAGCCGCAGCGGUGGCAGCAACCGCAGCAGUCGCAGCGGCGGGAGCAGCCGUAGUGCAGAGCAAAGCGAAACCGAAAACGACUUCGACGAAACCAACAAAAACCACAACUACGAAAACAGCUGCGUCAAAAUCAAAUCCGACGUCUCCCUCGAAGACCACAGCCGCUGCUACGCGAACAUCGACUUCGGCGACGAAGAAGCCGUCCACGACUGCUGCGGCACGUCCCAAGGAUCUGGAUGCUCCGAAGAAGUCCACGGUGUCGACCACAACGGCCAGUAAACCGUUGACUCCGAAAUCGUCGAAGACCACGACAUUGGCCGCCGCAGCGAAACCGAGCACGACCAGAUUGAGCACUAGCACCGCCCCUAAACUAAAGUUAGUGGCGUCUCCGAAACCGUCGGACAAGAAACCGACUGCGAACGGCGAUGUCAAACCUUUGAGCAAACCGGCUACGAGCAAACCUGCUGUCACUAAAUCAUUGGCUACCAAAACGUCGACUACCUCGAAGAUGUCUACGACCACGCGAACCGCCGGAACAACGACGACGGUUACGAUGGCGAAACCGAGACCCACUUCGGCUAUUACGAAAACAACUACGAGCGUGACCACUAAGUCCAGUUCAACGGCCAUCAGCUCCACUACGUCCACACCAAGGCCCAAGACGGCACCGACUUCUGGAACAGCGACGAAGACUCGGUUGUUAGCCAAGUCUCCUAUAAUCGAUAAACAGGUAAAAGAAACCGCGAAUAAACAGAUCUCUAUGGCGAGAACCUCCGCUGGCGCUUCCAAAACGACCACGGCCCGUUUGUCCGGCACUAGUUCAGCUACGAGCACCACGGUGAGACGCGCGUCGUCGACGACGAAGACCACGGCGACGUCGCAGACCAAGAAGUCUACGACGACGACGUCGAAGACUACGAAGACCUCGGCGGUCGGGAAGUCUGCCACGGAAAAGGCAAAGAUCGUGCAAAACGGCGUUUCUGAGAAAGUCGAAAUCAACGCGAUAAUCGAUGACGUGCCGAAGAAAGAUCUCUCACCGGUGGUCGCUCCGAACGAUAACCAGCUGAUCGCAAGUUCGGAUUGAAUUGGCAAUCAGCCGAACGAAAUCGGGUUCGAUCUUAAUUUACGUCGAUCGCAUCUCACGCACCGAUAAACGUUGUUGUUCUUUCUUUUUUUUUAAUCGAUGAGAAAGGAGAGGAAACAUCCGCUAAGCAGUAGUCUUUUAGGGAAUAUAUAAUAACGAAUCGGAGGGAGUUUUUACUAUAAUUAGCGUACAAUAUAAAAUAAUAAUAUAUUAAUGUGUAUAUGUGUGUGUGUGUACCGAUAAAGUAACGAGUCUGUUUAUCUAUAUUGGCGGAGAGAAAGAGAGAGAGAGAGAGAUAGAGAGAAUGUGCGUUUGCUUGAGUGAACGAAACAGAGUGAAAGAGAAUAAGAGAUUGUAUGUGUGUAUGAGAGAACGUACAUACCCUUUAAAAAAUGAAAAUGAAAAAAUAAAACAAUAUUAUCGCUUUUGACUGCUUCGAAUCGUGCUGGUUAUGUGGUGUCUCGUCGGACGCAAAUAUGUAAUAAUAAAUUAAAAGAGAAGGAAUUAGAUGCGAAGAAGACCGAAGUGGAUUGAUGGUGGCGGACGAAAGGGAAUUGAAAGAGCAAAGAAUAUGAAUAUCGAUUGAAUAUGUAAAUAAGUGGACGCGUUUCUUACGCGGCCUCGGAUACGUUUUAUCGUAAGUGGUGCUGCAACUGGCCUGUAAAACAUUUAACAUUCGAUACGCUGGUCCAACUGAGAAGUCAUCAAACAAAUAUCUACUGAAAUUAAAUCGGGAUCCGAAAGAGGAAGAAGCGUUUAGUUGUGACACGCCUCGGCCGUGCGAGUCGGUUUCUUAAACAUAAUCUUAAUCGUAAAGAAAAAAACGAACACGAAGCUGGACAGUCUUUUUAUAUUUUUUAAUUUUAUAUGUGCAUUAUACUUGAUAAUGAAUGAUUUAUCGUCGUACUUUUUAUGAAGAUAGAACUUACACACUUAAAAUAUUCAUAUAUCCGAACACGCAUACACAGAACACACGCGUACGUAUACAAAUACAUACGGACGCAUUACACACGUGAGAGAACACGAAACGCGAACAACACAGGUACCAUAUAUUUAUUUCUUUUUUGUUUGUUCCUAUUCCGAAGUUGAGUAUACUGCGAGAGAAUAUUAUAAUGCCUCGUCAUUAAUUAAUGUCAUUCUUAUGUAUUCUCUAUCCAUGUAUGUACAGCACUUUUAUGAGUUAAUGUGAUACAUUAUUAUAUUAAAUAAAUUCGAACAGAUAUAGAAUA